AUGUUCACGCCCGCCUGCCCGUCUGCCCGUUUCCGCUCGUUUGCCGUGUCUGCCAUUGCCUGUCGUUGCCUGUCAUUGCCGCCAUUGCCUGCCAUUGCCUGCCAUUGCCUGCCAUUGCCUGCCAUUGCCUGCCUUUCUCCCUCUCUGACACGCUGUGCAGCAGAGCUUCGCUGCUCUCUCGGAACAUCCUCUCCCGUCCACGCACGCGCCGCAAUAGUUACCGCCGAGCCUCGCUCUUCCGUCUCGACCCUCGACCCUCGCCCCUCGACCCUCGACCGAGCACUCCGGCCGCCGUCGACAAAUCCCCCUCCGCCAGCCAUGUCCUACUACAACGACCCCACCUGGCCUGCGCCUGCCCCCGGCCGCCAGUCGUCGUGGGAGCAGCCGCAGCCGCCCUCGCGCUCAGGUACCGGACACAGUGUCUACAGCCGUGGCAGGACGCCGAGUAACAUGGAUCCAGGCGCCAGUUCGACCGUGAACAGGGACGAGGCCAAUGCCUUUGUCGCGCAGUUUGACGAAGUUGAGCGCGCCGCCGAGAACCUCGCCAAGGGCGGAAAGCCAUUCGGCGGCUACCCGCCCUCGACGCCCCAGUCCGCGUCCCAGGUCCAGGCCCAGCCCCAGCCCCAGCCCCAGCCCCAGUCUGGCGGCAGCCGUCGCGAGUCGAUGCCCAUGAUGGGCGCUCCCCGCCCGUACCCCGAGCAGCACCAAGACGCGCGCUACGGCGGCCAGCAGCGCCACCACUCGGUCAGCGAGUACGACGGCAUGCGAUCCCACUCGGCCUCCAACGCGCAGGGCUUCUACCAGAACCAGCGCUUUGCGCCGCGACCCAACGACGCGGACCAGAUGGCGCAGGCGAAGCGACGGAUGGCUGCUCAGCGCGAGCGUGAGCUGCGCAACUACCACCAGGAGCAGCAAUAUCACAGAAACGUUUCGGGAUCUGGAUCCAAGUCGGACCGCUCCAUGAGCCCCAAUGCCAUGAAUGAAGACGACCGCCGCGAACUCAUCGCCCGCCAGCAUCGUGCCCUGUACGGCGAAACCUCCGCCCUCUACAAUAACAACCCCACCUCCAGCCAGGACGUCCGCGUCCAGUCGGCUGGCUCCACCCGUGGCGCCUCUCCUCUGGCCUUCGAUCCCUUUGGCAUGCAGGCCCAGAAUGCGCCUGGCGACGCCUCGGUCCAGAUGCCCGCACGAGGAGACAAGGACGCCGCUGUCGGCGCCCAGGAGGCCCGUGCCAACAGCAACGCGUCUCCUUCUUCCCACCAGAACCCGGCCUUUGGUCUCUUUGACGCGCAGCAGGCUAGCCGCACCUCCAACUCGUCGCCUGCUGGCUCUCCCCCCGUCCCUGGUCCCAAGGCCAACGGGUCUGGUGUUGCCCCCAUCGGCACUCGUCCUGCUGCCAACCAGCACCAGCCGGCUGGUGCUUCCCUUGGCAAGCGCGCCACGACCCCUCUCCCGUCGCCGCUCGGCUACAACGCCUACAACGCUAGCGAACAGCACAACGUCGCUACUACGUCCUCUUCUUUGAACCCUUCGUCGACGAUUACCGACAAGGGUGCCGCUAUCUGGAACAACGGUCCCUGGGGCAACACGUCGAACCAGGGCGUCCAGGCUUCUGUCUGGGGCUAA